AUAAAUUUGACAAAUUGCAAAAUUUUUCAUAUCAACUGAUUUAUUUAUAAAUUCCGGACACCGGAAAGAUUAUCAACCGGUUACGAGUUAACUAGUAAGAUUAAAAUUUUCCAAAAAGAGUUUUUAAGACUUUUGGUAUAUAAGAUGGGUACCCUGAGCGAAAUUUCUUCAAACAAGAUGUUUGGAGGCUUCCAGAAGGUGUUUUCCCACGAAUCCAAAACCCUAGGUUGUGUCAGUAAAUUUGGUGUUUAUUUACCACCACAAGCAGAGGAGAAAAAACUUCCUGUUAUUUAUUGGCUAUCAGGAUUAACUUGUUCAGAGGCUAAUUUUAUAGAAAAAGCAGGAGCACAGAAAUAUGCAGCUGAACACGGGGUUAUUAUUGUCAAUCCUGACACUUCACCUAGAAAUCUGAACAUUGAUGGUGAUUCCGAAUCGUGGGAUUUUGGAGUUGGGGCUGGGUUUUACGUUGAUGCUACCCAAAAGCCUUGGAAAGAUAAUUACAAGAUGUAUAGUUACGUUACAAGUGAAUUGGUGAAGCUUAUUAGUGACAAUUUUCCCAUAUUGAGUGGAAAACAGUCAAUAAUGGGGCAUAGUAUGGGAGGACAUGGGGCUUUAAUUUGCGCAUUAAAAAAUCCAGGGUUGUUUAAAUCAGUCUCUGCUUUUGCCCCCAUUUGCAAUCCAUCUAACUGUCCUUGGGGUAUCAAGGCGUUUAGUGGUUAUUUGGGGCCCAAAGAGUCGGGUGAAUGGGCACAAUGGGACGCCACUGAAUUGGUCAAGACCUACAAUGGACCCCCAUUGGAGCUUUUUGUAGAUCAGGGAUCUGAAGAUAAUUUCUUGCAUGCCAAACAACUGUUACCAGAAAAUUUGAUAGAAUCUUGCAAGACCCACCACGUCCCAAUAAUUUACAAAAAACGAGAUGGUUAUAAUCACAGUUAUUAUUAUAUUGCUACUUACAUAGAGGAACAUAUUAAAUAUCACAUGGAGCACUUGCAAAAGUAAAGGUUUUACUCAUGUUGCAAAUAAAAAUGCUGUCAAUAUUUUAAUAAAUAAUUAUAUACA